UGCAAGUAACCGUAGACUAUACGGUACACAUAAUUUUUACAAGUGACAAUAAAAAAAAAUUUAAGGACUGCAAAAUGUGCGAGACAAUGGGAUUUAAUUAAAAAAUUAUUAUUAUUGUUUAAUUUAUGAAUUGGUGUAAGUUAAAUGUUUUGCGGCGUACAAAUAAAUUAAAUACUAAAUCUGCUGCAAAUUCUAACCAAAAGACUAAAGUAAUGUAAGCGGUGUCUAGUAGGCCUGGUGUUAGUCCAUCAAGAGUUUAUUUCGUUUACCUUAAUUUUUUAUGGUUACUCUGAAACGUAUAGUAAUUAACAGAAACUCGAUAUUUGUACGAGCCAUGUCUGAACACAAUUCAAAUUCCAACCAGUCAGAAAACAUGAUGGAUACUGAACAACCCAAGUUAAAAAUAUUGGCUUUUCACGGUUACCGGCAGAACGGUACCGUAUUCAGAGCUAAAAUAGGAUCAUUCCGGAAGGCUGUUGCUAAAUACGCACAGCUAACUUUUAUUUCUGCCCCUCAUAAAGUCUUGAAUGAUGGCAGUGGAAGUGAAGAUUCGCGCUCAUGGUGGUUCAAUUCAGAAGAUAACACAUUCAGCGGCAAGUGUUUAGGAGGUCCGGCUGUGGGUUUUGAAGAAACUUUGAGAUUAAUUGAGUUGGUGGUGGAGGAGCAUGGACCUUUCCAUGGAUUUAUGGGUUUCUCACAGGGAGCAUGUUUGGUGGGCUUAUUGGCGGCCAUGCAACAAAAAGGAUAUUUAAAGUAUGCCUUCGAUUUUGCAAUAUUUCUGUCAGGAUUCAGAUCAGAGAGUUUAGUACAUAAAGGUUUUUAUGAUGAGGAUAUUGCAUUGCCUUCAUUACAUGUUUAUGGCGAAAGUGACUCCAUUAUACCAAAAGAAAUGAGUGAAUCUCUAAUCAACAUAUUCAUAAAACCGACGGUAUCAGAACACUCUGGCGGACACUAUGUUACUUGUUCUGAUGGCCUAAAGUAUACAUACCAAGAUUUUUUGAAGAGCAGGCAUCAGGAACUAGUUGAAGAAAAUAGCUCCGAUAAAAAUGAGAAGACAUAAUUUUAGUUUUAAUAUAUGUACUUGUGAUGUGUAAAUAAUAAAUAUUAAAUUAGAAUUAAAUAAUUAAGUCAG